AAGCCGCAGGGAUGGAGCAACGAGGGGCUCUCCUGAUUCUGCUCUUCUCAUUCCUCUCCCCCUCAGAGUCUCUCCUACGCGUGACUGUCCCUCGCAGCCACCGAGCCCCACUGGGCACUAACACCUCCAUCCCGUGCCAGUUCCUUAUAGAUUACCCACCAUUUAACCCUCACUACCUGCUUAUAUACUGGUACCUAAAUGACAGAGAGAUAUUAAACUACACCACAAAAGUGAGGACCUCCAACCGUAGAUUAUCCAUAAACUCGGGUUCUACAAAGUUCGGGAAGGCGUCUCUGGACAUUGCUGAUGUGCACAUAUCUGACGAGGGUCAAUACACAUGUUCCGUGCUCUACACACCGGAGAGAAGGGACCGCAACGUCUAUUUCCAUGUUCACGCGCCCCCCAGGAUCACAAUCACUAAUAAUGUGGUUACUGGGAAUAAGAAAAGUGCCCUGACUGCCUCUAUCCAUGACUUCUACCCCAAGGAUCUUGAUGUUAAAUGGCUCAGGGAGGGGGAGAUACUGGUUGGUGGAACUAAGCUUUCCCCCCAGAGAAAUGCAGAUGGUACAUACCGAGUGACCAGCACAGUGACCAUUGUACCCACCGAGGAGAACAGGAACCAGAGCUUCUCUAUCUGGGUCCAACAUGGGUCUCUCUCUGUCCCUCUCCAGGAGGACUUCCAGCUUCUCUAUGAAGAUCUGAACGCACCAAACAGAACAACUGGCCGGACUUCUUUGCCAUUUACUUGUGCUUUGUUGAUAUUUGCGGCUAGAGACCUUAGAAAGAAAAGUAUCUUCUCCGAUGAUGUAUCUAGAUCAAGAAGCUUUAUACCUACAAAAAACGAUCAAGACAGCAGAUCAAAAUGGAAAAACAAAAAGACUUUUCGAACAAGCGAGUCAGGAGAGGAAGACAACACUUCCAGGACUUCAAAAUACUUACUGAGGAACAAGGAGAAGAGAAGAUUCUGA